AUGUUUUUUUAAUAUUUUUAUUUUUUUGUUUAGCUUAUUUAAUUCAUAAGUAUGAACAACUCUUAUCGUAACGAUAGUGAAGACAUCUUGUCUACAAGUAUUACAAUUCUUAUCGUUGAUUCAUUUCUUUUUCUCGCAAUUUCUGUAGUAGCAACAUUCGGGAAUAUCGUAGUUUUUAUCUGUUAUUACAAAUUUCGCACGUUGCAAACAGUUACGAAUGUGUUUAUUUUAUCUUUAUCAGCAAGCGAUCUUCUGGUUGCAUUAUUCUCAAUACCCCUGUCAUUUUUACUCUUUGUGUUUAACAAAUAUGAAAAAAAUCUGUACUACGUAGGUGAUAUGAUUCCAAGUAUUCUGUCGAUAUAUUCAUUAGCAUUAGUUGCUGUCAAUAGAGCUCUAGCCAUUACAAAACCAUACUUUCAUGAAAAAAUGGUAACAAAAAAAUCUGCCACGUUUUCAGUUGUUGGUACUUGGUCUAUGAUGUUGAGUUAUUCACUUAUUGGCAUGAAUUCUGAUAAAAAAAGUUUUACACUUUCUGUGGUUUUAGCAACCUAUGUAAUUCCUGUAGUUAUUAUGAUUCUGUCGUACACUGCAAUGGGAUUCGUCGCCAAAAGACACGCAAAAGAACUAAAAAAACUUGAUAAAACAAUUACAAGAUUUAGGACUGACCAAGCAAGCCUAAUAAAAGAAAAACCAGCAAGUUCUUUAGAAGUUGAAUUUUUUAAGGUUGUAGCAACAAAAAGCGAUUCUAUAUCCAUUAGUUCUUCUAUAAAUUCUAAAGCAAACCAACAUUUGAUAAACAGCAAUACAAAGUUACGUCAUUUAAAACGAGAGUUUAAAGCAGCUUUAACAUUAUCAUUGAUUUUAAGUUGUUUCAUAAUCACUUGGACGCCAUUUAUGUCAUUAAACAUGGUGCAUUUAGCAAACAUAAAAGUAAGUCAAAUAUUAGUAAAGUACUUUAAAAUACUUCAUUACGCUAACUCUGCGUUCAAUCCAGUUUUGUAUGUAGUCUUAAACCAAAAAUGGCGCAAAGCUUUUGCUAAAAUACUAUGCUUCCGCAAAGUUAAAGUUUAUUCGCACUCCUCACUAGUAUUUAGUCGAUCUGGAUUCAAAACAUCAUCUACAAAAUCAAGCAUAGGUUGGUAGUUAAACUUUUAUUAAACUGGGCUGCCAGGUUGGUCUGGGUUCUUAACGACACUUUUAUAUAUGUAUAUAUACAUACCCAAAAUAUAAUACAAUAAGUAA